AUGAAGAAUCUUUUUUUGGCCACAAUUUUCGUCGUCAUUUUUUGCGUUAAUUUUAGUACCGCGCAACUAGGAAACUCUACAAAUACCACAAACGCAAGCAUUCCAACAAAUAGCAGCAGUAACGCCACCACAGUGCAACUAACCAGGCUUUACAUUGGAGCUUUUUUCGAUCUCGGGGUGAAAAGUGGAUACGGAAGUCUGCCCAUGGCACAACAAGCUAUAGACGAGAUUAACAACAACACUGAAAUACUGCCAGGGUACCAAUUGGAACUGGUGGUCAAUUCGACGCAAGUAAGAGACUGCAUUUUUCUAUUCAUUUGUUAGCUUGUAGACGCUUCAUUUUACCCAGUGAAAUCGGACUCCAAUCUGUGAUGGCUGCAGUGAAGGUACGGGAGGAGACUCCCCUCUCUGUUCCCAAUCCCUCCACAUACAUUGUACAAGGCAUGGGGGAUGGAGGGGACUUGUAUCAUCUAGAUAAAAGUCAGUGCAAGUCAUGUCAUCUUGAUGGGUGGGAACUUGUAUCAUACUGAUACAAGGCAAUUUUUUUCGUAAUGACAGUAAAGAACUUCUUUUUUCCAAAGGGUAGCUUUGGGUUUGGACAGAAAGUUCUCCAGGAAUUCCUCACCCAGGAGCCAAAGAAAAUCAUGUUAUUGGGGCCAGGGACGGAUUCAUUAGCGAAGUCAGUGGCGGCGUAUGCUGGGAUUCCAGAAGUUGGUCUACUACAAGUACGUAGAACACAACGCUUUAUAACUCAUUGACGUUGUAAGGUCUGUCAUGGUAUCUGCUCAUUACGGUAGUCAUCAAUUCUGGAACUUGUGUUUUUGUUAUAUUCUGAAAGAGCUAUAUUUUUCUCCCGUGUUUGACCGAGAGGGAGACGAUUUAAAUUUUCGUUCUGUCACGCAAUCACACUUGUGCUUUUCCAUUUGGAAGCACAUUGCUCCUUUUUCUCUUUCUCUUGAAUUUGACCAAAUAAACGGCCAUUGCAGAUCAGUAGCUGAUCUGAGCAUUAAAAAACCUUUUGAGGCCUGCCCGAAAAAAGAGAUUCAAAACUGUUGCGGUGCGAGUUCACUGUGCACUGUUCUGGCUUGAAGACAUCAUUUUCUUCACUUUUGAAUCUGAACUCCAGUGGUAUCACUUUGGCGGUGGUGGAGUCACACGGGGAUCUUCACAGCACCAACAAAGCUGAAGUGACCUCUUGCUGGUCAAUCAUUUCCCGUGACAAAAACGCUCUUUUCUCCAUUUUAGUUUUCCUACGGCACGACUGAUGUGGAUCUUGCAAUCAGACGAGAUUUGUAUCCCAACUUCUUUCGUACGUCAACGUCUAUUGCUUCGUUGGAUGCUCCGAGAAUAGAAUUCAUCAAGGAGUAUGGAUGGGAUGAAGUUGGAAUCAUCUACGGAGAUAGCGUUCAAUACCUUAAGGUAAUAUUGAGGAAAUUAAUCCCGGAUUGUUAAACAGUGUUUUAACGAAGAGAACGGCUGGACAGACUAAGGACCAGAUUUUCAGACAGACGUCUACGGAAAAACAAUGCAUUAGAAAUGAAAAAAUAAUAAAUCGACUCAUUUUACGUAAGCACUACAAAACAGUCUGAAAGACUGAUAAGAUUUGAUCAACAUGUGGCCUUUGAAUCCUGGAUCGGAUUGGAAUAGUCAAACCCCGCUUUACGGACACCCCGUUAUUACAGACAGUUUGUUUUGUUCCUUGGGAAAGAAAGCCCUCAUAUUUUCUCUAAAUUCAACCCACUUAAGACCUACACCCCUUUAAUACGAACACAUCCUAUGACCCCUCAGCGUCCGUAUAUUAACGGGGUUCGACUGUAUUCGAUGUUUUAUUUAUCUAUUUAAUUAUAUAUUCAUUCAUUCCUUCGUUUAUUUUUUUCUUUGGCGGCGGAAGAAGAACCCAGAGAGCCCUACGAAAUAAAGGUCAAGGCCAAAAAUGAACCAGCACACUGGCUUAACCAGCGCACUGCGCCAUCCCUCCCCCAUACGCCCUCAUCCCUCCAUACCACGAUGUCAACACUUGAUCUUUUGAUUGUCGAAUAGCAUAAAUCUGAGAUCUGAGAUUCUUUUUGUCCUUCAGCUUUCUAAUCAACUAACAGACAGACUGAGGAAAAACAACAUCAAAGUGCUGGCUGAAGUAAGACUGCAAGCCAAUGAUCCAAAGCGAGCGAUCAGGACAAUAAAGGUAACAGUUUUGGUUUGACCUUCCCUUCGAACCAAGUGUUUGUCAUUUGUUUCAUCAGCCAAUAGUUGAAAAAGAUCGACAAAAAAAAAAACCAAGAUCGUUUCAUUUGCCCGAAGUUAUGGAUCAAUUACUUUUAAGUUAUCUCUUUCUUAGCCAGGAAUGCGUUGUGUGUUCGCUAAGCCAACCAAAAGGUGUGCGCGUAACCCAUUUGAGUCUGAUCGCUAAACAGCCAGUCAAAUUCGUCUUUUCUUGUCCAUUCAAUGUUUUGUUGGUGUGUGUUCAUAUAAAGAUCGCUCUAAACAAGAAAAGCCCGAACAUAGUAGAUGUGGCGAUGAUGGGAACUAAGUUUGGACAACUGGAAAGUAAGAUAUAAGGUCCUCUUUGGUGUAGACAAAGGGAAUUCAAAGCAACCCAACAAGGCGUUCAGCAGAGAGAAUGACAAGCUUUUUUGCAGUUUACACUACUUAAAAAUAUAGAUAGGAUCAAUGGCGCUCUACUCAUUACCCAACCGUUACUGUUAUUCUGGGGAGUGCCUUUCUGUCUUUUACUUAGGCCAGUAUGUAAAUAGGUCCUACCACUCACCCCUCCCCCGCAAAUAUUUUGAUUGCUACUUGACUCUCUUUUUCACAGGACAAAGGAAUUCACGUAAUACUUGGAAUGUUUGACCGUAAUGCAGUUGCACGAAAGAUGAUUUGCGAGGUAAUUAAUUAUCGCCUAGGUCUAAUAUUAAGACUGUGAAUGAAAUCAUAAGUACAGCCAUACAAGUGGCAGUUAUUUAGACUUAAUCAGUACAUUGCACAGAUUGAGUAUGGAGUUGAGCGCGACGCGAAAAUGUACGCCAGGUUUAUCCCUUUAGUCUCCUCAACAGGAUUGGUCUAAAGACGUUCUGACGGGCUUCAAAUACACUCAUACUCUCUGUUUACUCGUGUCUAAAUUUGAAUUUCCCUUCUAUUUCCAUUUUGAAAGGCUUAUCAGCAAAAGAUGUACGGUCCUCAUUAUGUUUGGAUGUUGGUGAACAGCUACAAUAACAAUUGGUGGAUACCAGGCAAAAACGAGGAAUUAGCUUGUUCUGAUCUAGAAAUGAAAUGCCAGAUACAGAACCAUUUUUCCUUUUAUCACACUUUUGUGAUCAAUCCAAGAAGUCGAUAUUACAAUCAUGCCAAAAAGGUGAGCGUUUUGGGUCAAUAUUUUUAAACAAGUGCUCAAUACAAUUGAUCGUCUAUUGUACUCCAUAUUUAUUAGGUAAAUCUACGAAAAAGCUGGGUUUUUUUCUUUUCACAGAAUGGGUCUCAAAUAAUCAAUGACUAUCGAGCUAAAGUUGAUAAUGGCAGUGACACAUCAAACAGGAGCAGCAACGCCCUAGACGUUUAUGACGCCCUAUGGUCGAUAGCAUUUGUCUUGCAUAAUUCAAGGGAUGAACUCCUGAGACAAGGAAAAUCCUUGGAAAAUCUUACAUACGGGGAUGUGAAUGCCACAGCUGUCUUUAGGAGACAUGCGCAGAACCUUGAUUUUCCAACUCCAAGUAUUGGGGUAAGGCAAGAGGGAAUAUGGGGGACAGACAGAGAGAAUUUGGGAUGAAUAAAUUAAAAUAGUUGGUUAAAAAUUUAACCCAUCCAAUCAGAAGCUCUACCCAGAUAGUGACACGUCAUCAGUAUUGAAUUUCUGCCCUCGUUGCUCAAACGUCAUUUUUCGACGAACCUAGCCGACAAACUUUCCCCAAAAAACGGCGAGUGACAAUAAAAGCCUGUUUUGUUUUCUCGACGAGCCUGUAGUGGUGCCGCCAAAUGUUGGCCGUUUUCUCAGGCUAUGAGAAUCAAUAGUGAAUAAGUUAUAAUAAGUUAAUUUAAGUUAUAAUUUAUUGGCUACAAAGUCUUAAUUCAAAAGUAGGUUGAGUUUGAUCGUCCGGGUGAACGUAGUCCUGAAUAGGACUGUGGUUGUUGACAGUGACUGACGUUUCGACAACCGGUGCAGUAGUCAUCUUCAGAGUCAAAGUGAGUUGUUUCACGUCAGUUGAUGUUAUUAUACUCUGGUUAUUGAUCUGAUUGGUCAAUUACGUCGCGAUGUUAUACCAUCAACUGACGUGAUACAACUCACUUUGACUCUGAAGAUGACCACCGCACAGGUUGUCGAAACGCCAGUCACUGUGAACAACAACAGUCCUAUUCAGGACUACGUUCACCCGGACGAUCAAACUCAACCUACUUUUGAAAUGACUCCUGGGUUCAAACUUUUCACAAAUUAAGUCUUAAUUCUUAUCCAUUUUUUGAAUUUAUUUUUGUUUUUGUUAAGGCACGAGUUAGGUAUUAUCAGAAUGGUGACAGAAAAAACGGAAUUGUAUUGAGGCAAAUCGUGAUACAAGGUAAGAAGCCACAUGAAUUUACAUCAUUAAUUCUUGAGCAUGCGCUGAACAACAGAUAUAUCGUUUCUUUGUAAAGAGAAUGGUUCCGCUGUUAAAUUCCCUAAGGUGGAUUUCCACUGUCGCGUAAUUUUUACGUCCGUACACACGUAGAUUUUACGCGCUUAAAUAGAAUAGAGGCAAUGUUUGGAAGGGCACGCGUACACGUUAAAGUUGAACUUCGCUCAAAUUUUACUUUCACGUUCGGCCGGCCUUUCAUACAUUGCCUUUAUUUUCCCAAAAAUGUUUCUGCCUGUCUUGAAACACGGGGAAGGAGGCCUUGUGCCUCGCUUCCGUGACUUGGAUGACCCGUGACAUAAAUGACACUUUCGUGACAGGAAAACCCUCAUUUGCUCUAAGGUGGAGUCAAGACUAACAUUACCCCACAACUUUGCAAGUUGUAUUAUUGUGUAACUAUUAAAAAACUAUGCAUUGCCAAGUCACUUCAAUAAAGCAGAUUGAUGGAACUACUGAUAUUAAUUGAAUUCUCAAUUGAUAGAUGGUAAUUUUAAGACAGUCCAAGCGGGUUCAUUCAACGUGGAAACAAAUGAAUUUACUGCAUCGCACGAAAUACACUGGUUUGGUAAGUCGUAUAUACUUCUAAAUCUAACUCUCUAUAUACUGUUUACUCAAAAGACCGGCAACUGAAGUUUCUGGGUAACUGACAACCUACCCCUCUCCUAAGUCACAAUUUUACCUUAAGUGAAAAGUAAGCGUUAUUGUUGACUGAAGGGAGGGGUUGGUGAACAACUACCUAGAAACUUCAAUUGAUCCAUGGUGAAUGGUUCUUAUUUAUUGAAGUUAUUCGAAUGAAAAGUUCGCCACUUCUACAGAAAUUGAAAUCACAUAUUCAAACCAUGAUUGCCGCAAUAGUCAGCGGGGUCUUUACAAUACUCUUCUGAAUUAUUAUUGACCUUGAAAAGUAAGUAGGUGUACUCGUUCACAAAAAAAUCAAGUUUCCUACUAAGUCCACGAGUCAAGUAAACAGCCCGGGAAGAAAUUCAUGCUUAACGUUAGGGACACUUCAAGGUUUUAUGAGAAAAAUGUAGGUUUUUUGCAUACUUAGUUAUCUCAGCAUUUCUUUGGUUAAAUUUAGUUUUUUUUUUUUUUGGAUAUGGGAUCUGGAAUGCAGCGCGCUACAAAACGCGUCGUACAAACUCGUUCCGAGGGUCCUCUCCUGGAACCCUGGGAACGAGGCUGUGUCUUACUCUGGUGUGAACGGCCAACGUUGCUUACGAACUGCGGUUUAGCAGUGAAAACACCAUGGAUCUAAAGUUAUUCAAUUCGAGGUGUCUUUUUAAAUUUCAGCUGGCACUCCCUACACCAAGACCACAGAGAAAUACAUUUACCGUACGAUUGACAGGACUUUGUUUUUUGUACUGAUCGGGUUUGCUUCCGUGGGGAUCGCUUACGCUUUGCUCUGCCUCUUAGUUUUGGCUUUAAACUUCAAGAAAAAGUAAGUACAGCAUUCUACAGCGAGCUUGCAACAUCCCAUUUUGUACAUUUCUUUUUAAACUCUAAGUGAUAAAAGUGCUUUAUCAAGUUACAGGACAGGUCACUUAUAAUCACCAUCUUCCGGCACAGACCAUAAUGCACUUUGUUUACCACCCCCCGCUACCCUCCACCCCGACUGAAAUUUUGCAUAAGCACUGGUUCAAAAUAUAUUAUUAAUAAUAACGAAUUGUUUUUCAGACUUGUUCAUAACUCUGGUCCAGUCAUUAGCAUGCUGAUUAUUUUAGGCUGUAUUUUGAACUACGUCACAGUCAUUCUUUACGGCUUUGAUUACUCACUCGUUUCCCCGGACACAGUAACAAGAUUUUGUAGGGUAAGUAUUAACCAGGAAGGUUUCCCGUGAGAGUAGGGCUGAUGUUGAGUCGAAUCACGUUAUGGGAGGUUGGAUCGAGAUCUGUCCCCAGAAACAGUCCCAAGGUGCAAUUCGACAAGAUACUGACCCAGUCUCACGCGUAAUUUAAGAAUGGCUUAUAGCGCAUGCUCGUCCAAGCAUAAUCAGGUUAAAUCAUAAAAGCAAUACACAAAUACAAAUAAAGAUUAAGAAGCAGUUUUUCCUGACACUGGAAAAGGUAGAAGAAGAGAUAGUGCUUCCCAAGCAGUUUCAUAGUGCGAAUUCCAACUUUCAUGCACAUCGUACAAUGGCUAAUGAUCUCCAUUUUUUGCAUUUUACGGGAUUAAUUUUGCUAGUUUCAAACUUACCAUUGAGCAAACAUCCUUUAUCUUUACGUCUCUGGUUGCUCCGCAUUUUUCUCUUAUUUUGUAAGGUUUUUGCACCGUACUAGCAGUACUUAACAUCUGCAGAUAAAGAAAACUUCCUUGAAUUUUGAAUGAUCAAAUUAAGUAGUUUCGGUUCUUUCAGUAUUUAUAUUUCAGUUAUUAUUAAAAUUGACCUUCAUAUUUAAGUUAUUAUUGUUCGUUGCAGGCUCGUUCAUGGACAUUUGCAAUCGGCUUUACACUGUCAGUGGGUGGAGUGACCGCUAAGCUAUGGAUGGCUUAUAGUGUUUUGAAAGACAGAUUCGUCAGAAGUCGGGUAAUGUAUUUUAUUGAACUCGUUAUUUAAAUCAUUGAGAGCGUUAGUGGUGAUAGGUGAACGGUGAUGCAAGGCCACAAUGACAAUCACUAUGGUCAGUUCAGUUUCCAAACAAAGGAGGCCAAUUAAAAGCAUUAAUAUGGCGUGAUUCAAUGGGUUUGCGCUCAAGACAUAAAACCCAUCGACAGAGUUGGCGUAUCACUUUUACCAGCCAGCUAUCCCUAACUUUAUCCCUAGGAGGUUGCUAUGUUUGACUGUGUACUUUUGUUGUCAUGUUGAUGUCUUGCAAAGCUAAAAUUUCUAAGUAGUAUCAGCUAUGCUGCUUUGUUUGAUAUUAUAUAAAAAAAAUUAACAUACUUUUAAUAUGACCGAGUACCAUGAAUCAAUCCAUGAAUGGUGCGUACAGGUAACUUAUACUCAUAGGUAUGCGUUACGAUCGUGUCCGUGAUCGAUGCAAGUGUUAAAUUUGAUGUGAUUGGAAAUUUUUCAUUUUUCACAAUUUAACGUGUGAUUUCUUGUUUCACAGAACGUUAUGAUGUUCUGGAUGCUGGGCAUUCUCGUCCUUCUUUUAAUCGUCGACAUUAUAAUCUUAGCAUGCUGGGAAGGAACAGACCCCCUUUUUCGAACUCUUAAGCAAGUCAGAUCACAACCGGAGUACAAAUGUUUUGAGGUGGGUGGUUUAUAAAACGCACGCGCACAAAUGAAUAACCAAACCCCAUUUAACUAAUUAAGAGAUGGUUUCCUGUUCUGCUUUAAAGUAAGGUUACCUGUGCAACCUUGUUAUCUCAGUUGAAGGAAGUAAUCUGUCUCUCUUAGCUUCUACUUAUCCCCCGUUUCUUUCUUUUCAUUUACAACGGUAAAGAAUAAUAACAAAUUUCCCUUUUUUCGUAUUUCAUGCAUAUGGAACGCUAAACGUUAACAAGUCACACUAUAAAGGAAACCCAGCGAUUUAAUCUUUUUUUCAGCCGAUAACUGCCGAUACAUUUCGGGCAGAGAUUGAAGUCGUCGAGCACUGCGACUGCGCAGACCUGACCCUAUGGUUGGUGAUAAUCCUCGUGUUCAAAGUGCUUACUCUCCUUACUGGCGGGUUUCUCGCUUGGCAGACAAGACGCGUCUACAUUCCAGCUAUAAAUGACACUCAACACUGCGUGUCCUGCAUGUUUGUUGUGGUUCUCUUUUGUUUGUGCGGUUCCAUUGUGGCUUUCGCAACAACUAUGUAUCCAAGUGCGUAUUAUGGGGUAAUCGGUGUGCUGAUUAUUGUUGCUACAACAAUGAUCCUUGUACUUCUAUUUGUGAACAAGGUGAGUGCAGUUUCUUGGAAAUGUUAUUAGAAGUAAUGUUAUUAAUAAAGGAAAAUUUACUCUAGACUCAGAAAUCGACAACUGCAAAGAACAAAACAUUUGUGAGGAAAAAGAAUAUUUAAAAAGGAAUUUCCAUAGCAGAUCAGAGUCAGGUCUAUAUGAACCAGUGCGUGUUUAGAGAAGCCGUAAACAGGAUUUCGUCCUUCGUUUCUUGUUAAUUAAAACUUUUUUUCUUUGUUUGUUUGCUUUUUUGACCAGAUUUUUCGCUUGAGCUGCAGAACCCGGAAACGAACGAAAACGUUGCGCAUUGGAGAGGAGUCAGCGGACAACACUAAAUGCGCAAGCACAAGAGGUGCGGCCUGCGCAAGAUUCUGCCCAUGUUUUGCAUGCUCGUCGGCAUGUUGUAUUACGUGUUGUUUGUGUUUUCCUUUCUGGAACUUGUAUUCGUGCCUACGAGCGUUUUGCUGUGGGUCCCAGGUGCGAUCGAGUGGAGGUGGAGGAGGACAGAGUAAAGCCGAGUUUUAUAUAGGAGGUAUCGCGCAAGAUAGAGAUGCAGAGAUUGUCAACCUGAGGAAUGAGCUCAGAGAGGUAUUAUAACACGAAACUACGUUGUUUUCUUUUUUCUUUUCUUUUUUUUUUGCCGCGCGCUCGGGAGAGGGAAUGGCGAAAGAUUUCCUGAAAUGACCAAGUUGCCAUUGCUGACGUUCUUCUGUCAUGAGGCAAGUUCGAGAAAGAACCCUAACACGACAUAUCAUGAACAAUAAGGCAAUCCACCGUCGUCGUUCGUUUGAAUUAUUAUUUGAUGUAACGUUUCAUUUUCCCGCUUUUUUCAGAAAAACUCCCAGCUAAGCAAUCUUGGACAUAAUCGUACUGUGAAAACCAACGGGACUCAAACAGAAGACGAUGAAGAUUAUCCGUGGGACCCGGACGAUGGUGACAGCAUGUUCAGCGACGGGAAUGUUAGUGACUUGGAGAGCUCACAGGGUUCUGAUAAAAACAAACGAUUCCGGCGCGCCGCCAAUAAAGUCAGGAUCUUUAGUGAAGCAGUUGACUACUCGCAUAUAAAAAGCAAGGUAAAUGCUUUAGUUCUACGGGGUUAAGACGCUGAAAGACACAAUUCAAGGAAAGCGUCUAACGCUUAGUUUUGCAAAAUACACAAAAACAGAGAGUGAAACAUUGAGAAACUGAAAGAGAAUAAUUUUGAAUAGGUACACCAUAUCGUCAUACUUUCCGCUUGAGUAGUUAAUUUAAAGUUUAUCCCUCUCUUCUAGGUGGAUACUGGGAUGCGGAGGUCCACUCUUGGUCCCAGUUCUCAAAGAGUAAGGCGGGGUUCACGAUUAUCUGUAGUAUCAUCCCCUGAAGACUUAACAAAACUGAAGACAACACUAGCGCAGGUAAUACUGUUAUCAAAGUAUUGUAUAAAAGCAAAUUUCACUCUUCUUUUAACGUAAAUUGUUUCUUUAGACAAAUAGAAGGAGCGCAUCAACUUGGUGCUUCCAUCCUACAACUAAUAACUGUCGAAGAUCGUUAUUACUUCAGUCUAUUUUUAGAUUUAUACUCAUUACUGCGCCUACUCUUCUAAAAUUCAUUUUGGAAUUGUUCUCAUCAGAGAGAAGAAGAAAUCCAAAGACUGCGCAAGGAACUGGAAGGACUUAAAAUGCCAGGGCGCGCGGUGAAAACACAACAAAGUCCUACAUCAGAAGAGGUACAAAUUAAAGCUGACGUACAGUUUAUAGACUUUUCUUGUGCUUUUCCAGCGGUCUAUAAAUAGAAACAGGCACAACUGUAAAGCAGAACCACAAAAACUCCUCUUUGUAUGAGUCAUUUUGUAUCUAUCAUUUGAAAUUGACUAGCAGACUUUGCGAUCAACUCACAAAGGAUUACAUCCACCUUCACACCACCCGCGUGAAGGCACCACUGACAGCUAUUUUGUCCUUAUUGGGACUAAACAGUCUCAAAUCUUUUCUUUUCAGAAUUUAGUUAAAAAGUCCCCCAACUUGCAAGGAAUAAUACUGAUCGAGACGCCACCCACGCCUGUUCCUCCAGAAAACCCAGAUGACUCCAGGGAGACGAUCAACCAACCAAAGACACCCAAUCCAUCCGGGACAUCCAAAACUACAUCCGGGAAAAUUACUGCUGCGGUUACGACGCAAGACAGGUCAAAGAAGAAGUCUUCCCUUGGUCCUGCUGGGUCUUGGCUGGUUAAAGACGAGUUGGAAUUAACAAAUGAUGAUACAAACCCUGAGAAGGAAACGUUACGGAAAGAUAGCGAGACUAGACACCACGAUAUGAGACCAAAAGAAAGCAUUCCAAAGAAAGACGGCAAGGACAGUUCAAAAGCAAGAACCAGUAAUGAAAACCAGGAGAUCAAAACGUCGAGGAAAAUCAGCAAGACAGGGGAUGAUGACAAAGAUCUCCAUAAGAACGUACUAAGAAAAGGUAACGGCAUUAGGAAUAUUUCGCUGAAAGAUAACGAGAAAACGACUAAAGAUAUAAAGCCUGCGACUGGAUCAAAUCGUUCGUCUCCUAGUCAAGAUAAAACAGAUACAGUUGGUGAGGGCAGAAUAGCGGCAACUCUCAAAACCAGCCCUGGGACGAGUCGUAAAGUGUCAUUAACGCACGUUGCACUAUCCGUGAAUCAGGGAAAUGAUAAAGCGGAAGAGGGCAAUAAAACUAAGGACAUUAAAGACAUAAGAGAAAAGCAGGUCAACAAUGGUCAGAAAAAUCAAGAGGAUGAAAAUAAAGAAUUUGAAAAGGGUAAAGAAAACAAAGAACAAAACUCGGAAUACUCAAAAGAUGACAAUGGAGACGAGCCAAAGGACGAGAAAAAAACACGCCAUAGAAAGGUAUCAAGGUGGCUUUUUGAGGAUGCUAGUGAAGAAGGACAGGAUAAAGCGGACGAUAAAGAGAAACAAAAAGAGAAGACUGAGAACAGAGCAGAAAAUACAGGCACUAAAAUCAACGGAGAAGGGAGCAAAAAUCCAGGAGAGAAUGGUAAGACAAAAGCGGAUGAGAAGAUGAGGUCGGAUUCGAAGUUAAAAGAUACAAGCAGAGGAGGGGGCAAGAGUAAUGAAAAGACGGAUUCCUUGCCAUCAGUCGGCGUCAAUAAAGAUGAAAUUGUUGACAACGCAAAUAACCUUAAUGAUAAGGGAUUGGGGCACAACAACGCGAAAAAAGAGUUAAAAAGGCAAGAGGAUGACUUAAACGAAGAGGGCAAGGACAGACACAUUGCGGUGAAUGAAGAAGAUGAUGAAGGUGAUGAUGAAUUUGGCGACGACGACGAAUUUGACGAAGACGACGACAACACUGAUGAUGUAGUAAACAACAACAACAACAACAACAACACAAUUAGAACAAAUGGAAGAGGUGGUUCCAAAAAGAGGAGAAGAAGACGGAAAAAAAAUGGAUUCGGCAAAUUAAAAUGGAACGCUCAAUCGAAAAUAGACACUGGUUCAGGCAGUUAUAAACCAAAAACAAGUGUUAAGAAGAUUCCUCAUUUCAAAAACGACUACACUCACGUAAAAUCACGAAUUUCUACAGUGAGUGAGGCAAACGCUGGCGAAAAUUCAGUUGAAAAACGACAACGAAGCAUAUCUUUCAAUAAACCUCCAGAUUACUCAAAGGUACGCCCUAAAUUAUACAAUGGAACGACAAGGAGAUACAAUAGUGAAAUGCCAACUACAGUACUUUAGUCUCCAUAAAUGUGAAUGCUGUAAACUACAACCCCGAUCAAAAAAACUUGGGACACUUCCAAUUCUUUGGGUUUGCACCCCUCUCCCCCCCCCCCGCCUCUUGCAGUGUUGCAAUUUGGGAAAUCCUGAGCGAUUUUCCAUUUUGUGACGGGAGAGGACGGGGAGACCAACCAGGUGUCACAACUAUUUUGUCCAGGGUUGUAGGAAAGAGAAGAAAAAACGCAUCUCAAUGAUCCCAAUAUCGCGGUUCGCGGAAGGAUCUUAGGGACACGUCACAUCACAACAUUUUGAUAAACAUAUUCCAUAGGAUUCGCAGAUAAUGUUCAAAGCUUGACUUACCAGCUUAACAAAUUGCUAAAACCAUGGCCUUGAACUUAUACGUUUACCGCUCAACCUCUACAAUGAAAAUCGCUGCUAGGGUUAUAGGAUAUAAAACUAUACUAUAAGAGGUAAACGAUGUAUUAGCUACCAUAUCACGUGAUUGUUCAGUUUACAAGACAUUUCAAACAAGCUUAGCACGGACCUAAUUAACCAUAUAUAAAUAUAAGCGUAUUAUUGUGCAUUUUUCGGCGCGUCUAUACACGUAUGAUUCUAAAAGAUAUUAUCCAAGUUACUGUUGUGAGUUAUCUGAAAAGCUAAAAUUAGGGUACGCUUUAACAGGUUAUACUAUUCCUAUGGUAACUUGCAAUUUCAAAAAAAAUAAAUUUUUUAAACCAUUAAUAGUUGAGCAUUUAUUUUAGUGACACUAAAUCGUGGCAUCAACUGAAAAAGUGAUGUAACAUUGAUCCAUUGAAUUAAAUGAAAAUGCUGCAAAUCGUUGCGAGCCACCUUAAUAAUGUUACUGAGUUUGCCUUUGUUUCCUCUUGUUUCGCUGGUGUUCUCAUUCAUUCUCUGGUCGAAUGUAACUUCGUACUUAAGCGGUUGCGGCUACCAAGCCUAUUCAUGAUUAUAUUUUUCCUUGCCAUCAAAAUUUGUUGUUAUUUGAUGUAAUGUAUGGAUAGACACAAUUUCAGUAAAAAUAAGAUUCACACGAGUUGCGAAUUCUGAUUGAACGCAGUGGCACUGAGUCGUCGUGGUGUUUAAAUGGUAACUGGUAAUAACAUAUUCAGUCUACCUAUAACACUACAAUGAACUUUCUACUAACGGACCGUUUAAUAAGACCCACUUCGCCCUAAAACGAACAUGCAGUAAGAACCUUAUGAUCCGAGAACGGUGCCGACGGAGGCGAAACUUCCCUUCUAAUUAAAGCAAAUCUGUGUUCUUUCAAUCUUCAUCGCGAUUAUUCCAGCUCACUCUGCUCACUCACCUUGUCAGGUGUAGACGAACUCUAUUGGAGUUGAAUUCCUAUGAACUAUAUCCAAGUUCAGCGAAAGAGAAUGAAAAUUUCGUUGUCACGGCUUUUAUAAAACGUAAAAAUUAGGCUUUUUCACGUCGUAGUCAUGGAGUGACGACAAAAAAAUGUACAAAAAAGUGUGCUGCACGUGCAAAGUUAUUGUUUUGCUCACUAAACAUGCAAGUACAAAACUUGGAUUCUGAUCACCUCAUUUACAUACUUACCAGACAGUGGUUCCCAUUGUUUUCUCUGUAUCUAAAUGAGUCGAUCCAUCUUGGUGAAAAUGGUGAAUUGUUUUUUUGACGUUCCCGUUGCCGAAUGAAUUUCUGAGUUUUACCUCGUCUCACCCCGUUUCGCUUUAUAUAUGAAAAAGGGGUUUCACCUUGGAAACCAUGCUCUUAGCACCUUUAACCAAUAACCCUGCGCGACUGUUCGUCGAAAAAGCUGAAAUGAGCUCGAAAAAGGGGAGAAGGAGGGUAGGGAAGGGGGAUGGGGAAGGGGGGUGGGGAAAGGGGUGGAAAGGGAACUUGACGCUUUCUUCCUUUUUCCGCUUUCAUUCCAAGUUUCUCAACGAGCUCGCGCGGAAUCGCUGGCUAGACAGGCUACCAACAAGCUCGCUUUAAAGAAACAUUCUUCUAUUGUUAGAAUUUAUUUCCAUAGUAUUCUGCAUGAAUAACGCUGGGGGUAAGGCUGGCUUUUAAUGGUUUAAAACCAUUUUAGUUUUUGAAUGCAUGAAGACAAAACAGCGAGUUCUUACUGUAUAUUUUAGACUGACAUUUUUAUUCACAACAUUAUUCAAAUCUGUCGUGAAAGCUGCAACGGGAAGUUCAUAAACGCCAACUAAUGGCCCAAUUGCGGGUCAUUAUUUCCGCUUCAAUUGAGAAAACAAAACAACAUUUUAUUGUGUUUAUAUAACUUUAGUUUUUAAAUAUUCAAAAUUGAGUUGAGUGAUAGUAUUAGUUUCGUACCCUGAAUAUUACUUUUGUCUCGCCAGUUAAAGACGAAACAUCAUAAAUAUUUCAAGUUCUGUUGUAUCUUUGAUAAUGUUUAUGUCAGAGUAGUUAAUUUCAGCCCCAACGCUUUUGAAUUGGUGACUUACGCCAUCUCACCCCACACAGAAAAAGAAACCUCGACCAAUAUGAAAAGAUUUUGUGGUUAAAGAUGCUUAUGAUUGUAAGAAUUUUGAUUGGGUGGUUGAUGUGCAAAAUAGUCAUUGUUAGGUUUCUGUCUUGUUCCACUAACUGAUACGUAUUAAGAAAUGAAGCAAUCAAAGGAGAUUUAAUAAUAGAAGAACUCAUUAGUUUCUGGCCCAGCGAGUGGUCUGUCUUCAGUUUUAAUUUCUUGAGUUUGUCAAAGCUUUUUCUAAUGCAAAAAAAACGUGUCUUUCAAAUGUCAUGGAUUCAAGUAAUUGUAGAAAAUUCUGCUUCAAUUCAAAAUCAAUCUUUCCCUAAUUUGAGAUAGUAAAACUUAAACUUAGAAUUCUUUUUUUAGAGACAAACUAUAGUUGCACGGCAGGAGCCGAUUACUUUUGCAUGGUCUUGCAUAUGAAUGUAAAUCUUUCCUCAAUUCACCGAAAAUAAGUAAAAGUCCCGGAUGUUCACCUUCUAGCCCCAGUCCUCAGUCGUGACUGGUUCUUGGCAACAAAGACUGUCACCGUGGUAGUCCUUGUCGUAUUUUUAUUCUUCUGAAGCUCAAGAAGCUAAAUCCAAUUUUCUUUGAAGAACCUUACAGAAAAAAAGUGGCCAACUAGAAGAGGCUCCGUUUGCAUCUGUGUACAUUUUUUUACGGUUGAUAAUUUCUGGCUGAAUUUCGAACCCGCACGCGUGAAGUCGCUGAUCGGACGGCUCGAACACAAAAUCGUUUGGAAUCGGUAUGACACACGGUGCAGGCUUCCUACGAGUAGAAUAUUCGAUCCAAGGAAGCGAGGAAAACUAGACUGAAGGGCAAAGUAUUCGCUGCUAAGGUAAGAAAUAAAAUUUAAUAGAAAAUCUUAGAGACAGAUUCACUGUUCAUUAUGGACAAAUAUUAUUAUGGCUAUCAAAAUCAAGGGUUCAAGAGAAAGAUAACGAUAUUAGGUGAUACGAUGAAACACUGGAGCCGUGCGUGGAAAUGAUUUGCUGUUUUUACGGUCGCUGCGGGUUGUCGAGAAGCCAUAACGUUUUUGUAACUUCAUGGCUAUAAAAUCGAAAGGCAUGACUGAGCUGAAUUAAGGUUACUGCAAUGGGUCUUCCUCAUCUUUAAAUCAAGUAACCUUAUACACAAAUAUCAUUGCGGUUACCUUAGAAAGCCGUAUAGGUUCAUAUGUUCGAUAUAGCUCGACAUACUUAGGAUUAAAUCGGGCUCGUUUAAAACUGACGAAAUAUAAAAAUAAGUUACAAAAAUUGUUAUGAUCAUUGUGUUAAAAUAAAAACAAACCAGGCGGUUAAUAGUUUUGAUCCCUUAUUUAUAGUCUGUAUCUUAUUGAAAUGUCUCGAACUGAAGGUCGUUAAAUCAGUGUCAAGCAACUGUCUACAAAUGCCAUGGCCAAAAAGAUUGUCUAGACUUUUCAUGAAUUAAACUUUGCCCGGUCUCUUUUAAAAGCGAGCAACUACAGCUGUAUCGUGUUCACUGACGCGAAUAAUAGACGCGAAAUAUCUGCAAGUUUAAUUUGAAACAAGCGAUUACAAUCAAUUAAGGUAAAACUUGUAAGGCAUUGGGACUGUCCGCGUCUGGAAAGUUCAUUACAAGCAAAGAUUUGCAAAAAAAUAACAUCGUAAGUUUUCGAGUAAGAUCGACUCUCUCUCAGCAUUUUAAUUUACGAUCACAAUACUUCCGCGCCAGGAGACAGAAAAGGCGGUCGUAGGAGCUAUUGAAAUCAAAAUUAAUUUAUUGUAAAGGCGUUGAAAUAAAACUGAGUGUGUACACAACUAUCUCCAUAGUAUAGCACACAACUGGCUUUGGUUUUCCUUUUUUUAUUCUUAUUAAUAUAGUUCUCUUCAGUGGCUGUGAGAUCUUGUUUUACGUCAGGUUUACGAAAAGACUGCUUGUGAUAUUUGGCGUUUUUAUCAUACCAAAAUUCCCUGAGGCACAUAUGAUUAUUGUAAGUGUCACAGUUUUUGAAUGCAGAUUAGGACAUCCAACAUUUUUCUAACAGACUCAUGAAUACACAAGAAGUUAUAUACUGUUAUAUCCCUAACUAUCGAGCUGCCUUCGAAUUUGGCUACAACGCCUUGAGACAGGAGCCUGCUUGAGAUCGUUUCAAGUUUUUUCUUUCUUUUUCAAUAUUAGCUCUCAGGCAAUUCAUGCGUGUAAUUAAACUGCAUCACAUUAUGGUAACCACUUUCAGCUUCCUUAGAACUUAAAGUUUUCCUAAUUUUAGUCUGGCUUGUACAUGUGACUGACAUUUCGAUAUUUGACUUCUUGAAACUUUUUGCUUUAAUUAUAAGCCUAUUUCAAAGCAACUGGCUGGUGAAGAAAGUUGGUUGUUUUAUGACUUUAGCUAUGUCAUCAAGUUUAAGACUAAUAUUUUAAUAAAUAACUUAAGUAAUAACGAAGAUAUUUCCUUCGAUGGAGACAGGCUUGGCCCCGGGGGGGGGGGGGUUCAUCCGGUACUCCGGAGUUCAAGUGUCAGGGAUGAUCGCAGGAUGUUUUUGGGUAGAAAAAUUUUGGCAAGUAUUUUUUCGGGUAGCUUGAUUUAAGUAGGGAUUUUUUUGAGUACUCAAAACAAUCUAAAGAUUCGUGAUAGUUCCUGGUAUGAUCCCCGCGUAUCCCGGCUGUGUAGUUCCUUUGGAAAUUUUUAUGGUUCGGAAAUUUGACAUGGGAUUUUUUGGAGGGUUAAGUUUUGGUCCAGGGAUUUUGUUGGGUUUGUUUGAAGCCCUAGGGAUUUUUUUUGGUUUUGAUUUUUGACCCCGUCACUUGAAAUCUAGAGUACCCCCCCGCCUGGGGGCUUGGCGCGAGAGUCUAGCCCUUCCUUACCCCAGCGACCAUACGUUCCCUGAUAGCAGAGGCCUCUUUUCCCUGUUAUUCGGCGGGCGGGAGAACAGACUCCUUUUCCUCCCGGCCGUCGAACACCGGGGAAAACGACUUGUAGACAAGAGUCUGGCGUUUGCAAAUUUAAUGUAUGGUAAUGAGGGAAAUGAGAAAAAUAUUACUAUAGAUAUUAAGAAAAUUUCAAGGUUAUUUCAUUUCAGCACCAUGCUUGUGAUCAAACCGGCAAAUUUCGACUAACAUGGUUUUGUCAACGAGGUCACUAUGUGACUGUUCUCUCUAAAAAUAUUGUUCUUGCUCCUGUCAUGGUAUUAUUAAAAAAAUUUCAGAAUCUUAAUAGGUUAGCGUUACACAAAUUUAGCUUAUUCAAAUGUUGUCCUUUGGCUUCUCCGCCACUGUGAAAACAGGUUUUGCCUUCACAAAUCGAAACGAGUGAACAAACGGGAAAAACUUCUACAAAACGUCUUUGAGAAGGGCCUUACUCGUCCUUACUCGCUGGCUGCAGAAAGUCGGAAUCUCUUAUGGCUGUUGAAUACCGACCACAACACGGAAAGAUGGUUCUGUGUUGAACAGUUCAACAUGCUUGAUAUUCUUCCAAAACUCCUAUGCAGCAGCACUUCCUACAUUUUGAAUGUUACCAAAGGAGAAUUCCUUUUAUUUCAUGCAAUCAUUUUGUUCUAAUCUCGUUACCUUGACGUUAGAUAAAACGAUGAUUUUACAACUGAGAAGAAAGUAAUUACUGAUCACCGUAGGUACACUCUAACAUCAACUUUCUCAGUUAAUUUUUUGGUUCAACAUGGGUCUGGCUAAAUUUACCAUCAUCCUUAAGAAGAAAGUACAGGCACUUACGUCCUCUGCUCAUUAUUUUACAAGUAAAUGCGUUGUUUUCAUGAAAACGACUUAAACAAAUAAUCAUAUUUUAGAACCGAGACAUAACACUGACGAUAUUCCGAUAAAUUCUUUACAAUAUAAAAACCGACAGCCCUUGUUAUGACGUUCGAAUGAAAACCUCAAUCGAAAAGUUUCACGUUGCUAUUCGAAUUUCUUUGCUGGUGGUUUAGCUAUUAUAAGAGUGAUCGUCAAGACAACCAUUUCUUGCUUUGUUAUACAUUCAUACCGUUUUCUUCCCCAUUGCCUCCGGCGAAAGAACUCUGACUCAGAAGAGGAAAACUGUAUACAAUUAGUUAAAGUAAUCUCACGCUGGUAGUUUUUAGCAAUUCAUGUUUUGAAAAAUACGGCAAAGCAUAAUUAUAGACAUGACUCCUAUUCUUAUUCUAAGAACUGACCAAAUGAUUCGGCCAUCUGCAAACUAUACAUAAUAUUUAUAUACAGAUUCAGAUAUAAAUGCUAAAGGAAACUAUUCUGGUAAAGGUGAAAUUAAAAACACCUCGAUACGAGAACGAUAUUACAUAAACAGAAUUGCAAACUACAUAUUAUGUUAACACGUGCUGAGUGCCAAUCAGAAUGGAAAGCUGAGCAUGCUAACUGGUGCUUAGUCUCUUAUACUUGCUAAAAAGACGGCCUUCAUGAGAGGUUUUUGAAACGAUGAUUUUUUGGGUAAUCGAAUCGAACUGGAUCUGGCUUAAAGAAUACGAACGAGGGGUCAAAGUUCUGCGCAAUUCUAGGAUGGAUUCGACGUAAAUCGAACGUCUGGUACAAAUCAGUAAUUUUCUCCAAUUUAUUGCUUAGCUAUACUGCAGCGUCGCUGACAACGAAAAAAAAAGGUAUGCCAAUUUUAUUCCUUACUAAAUGAGAGAUCUUGGACAGAAUUAAGCACAGUGUUGUUAAAACACCGCUUUCUAAGUUAGGCAGGCCGCAAAAUUUACACCUGAUAAAAUGUGACACAUUUUUGUAUGUUAUUUAGUUUUGCAGGAACUACUAUGAAGGGCAUGUUUUCCUGAUCAAAGUAUGCAUCAUCUCUGGACUUUUUUACUCCUCUUUCUGAGCUGUAAUCCUCGUUUAUCGCUCACCGUGAAUGAUACGGAUCGUAUAUGGGGAGGUGAAGGCGCGGAGACAAGAUUGAAUGCCACAAAUGCAAACACUACAGUAAAACACGAACUUCACAUUGGGGGCUUUUUUGAUUUGAAUUCUCGUAAUGGUGCAGGAGCGCUUUCUGCCGCAUUAUUGGCGGUUGAGGAAAUUAACCAAGACUCCAGAUACCUUAAAGAUUACAGAAUCGUUCUUCACCACCAAAGGUCAACAAAGGUAGGUAUAAAUUCUGUGUUGUGUUUCUCUUAUUUUUAGAAGAACAGGUGGGAGUUAUAAACAUAGUCAGGAUUUCUGUUUCCCGCAGUUUACUCAGCGCGUUAAGACAAGUUGCUUAUGAGGUCUUGCUUGUAACCAGUUGUUAAAGAAUAAAGAUCAUAAAUAUUUCAGCGUUUUAUGUUCUUCUCAAUAAAAUCCAUUGUGAUUGAAGGAAUUGAAUAGGGUUAAAUGUUAUUCGCAAAAGGCAGCUUGCCAUAAAAACUUAUAAGGUUUGCAUAUUUAUUGCUUUUAAUUUAAGGAAGUAAACAUUCAAGCCAGUGACCGUAAUGGAACGAUGACACUGAAAAUUCCAUACAAUUUGACGGAUAUGUAAGUUUAUCAAACUUACAGUAUUAAAUAUUCAGCAAAAUACCUGAUUAGGAAAAGAAAUAAAUUUUUCAAACAUUUCCGGUUACCAGACGAUAAAGAAAGUAUGAAUAUAAAGCAAGAAGAUGAUAUACGUUUGUGUUGACACUUAAUGUCUUCUUUUAUGAAUAACACACACACCAGCUUUCCCAAAGUAUGGCAAAUUGCAAGCUAUAAAAGCAUUGUAGGCGAUGUUAACGUCAAUAAGCUCGGUUAUCUUUGUGCCCAAUGAUGAACAGAGAGAAGUUCUAUAACAUUUGCAUAUAACGUAAACGGAUCACGUUUCACAUUUGUUGAAAUGCUCCUCCGAUAGUAUCUUGUCUCAUGACAGACUUUUUCUUAGACUGUUUUGACGACUUUCGACAAAUAAAUUGAUAGCUUUUUUAUUGCGCUCCCGCUGCGCAGUUCACUUUAACUUCGCGCGUGUUUUUUCCGCCUUGUUGAAAGACUCAGAGGUUAUGGAAAGACAAAACAUUGAGGUUAAAAUCCAGUCACAUGAAUUUUUUGGUUAACUAUUUACGAUCUGGGGUUAUUAGCCUUUAGUAUUUACUGGUCGACAGCGGCGUUUUAUAUGUGAAAUUACAAGGAUUAUGUUUGGAGAGAUAAAUUCUUUGCAAUAAUCAGUGAUAUCGUUGAACUGAUUCAAUGGCUUAUCAACUCGUAGCGACCAUCUGCUACAAAGCAACCUCGUCUGCGAGGUCUUUUUAUUUUCUCUCCAUACGAGAAAGCGAGAGGAACCUGGUGACGAGCUUGGCUACAAACAAAUGUCAAAAACAAGAAGUCCAAAGACUACUGCAAAGCUGAUCAGGACAACGUGUAUUGUUUUCUUUUUUCAUAACAAUAUUUCGGCUGUCCAUACCAGCCUUCUUCUUCUUCUUCUUAUCCUUCUACUGAACUUAUGAUAGGAAUUACAAUAUUGAUAGAUGUCACAGCUUUCCCAGCGUGUUAAACUUUCAGUCAAUUUUAAGAUUUCUUUUCGCGCAAAAUUCGCUGUGUUCACAAACAUCCGUGAAAAAAAAGAAAUAAACUGCAAUUGAUAUUGUAGAUACAGGCUCUUUGGCCUUCAAAGCGCUCUUCUACCACAAGUCUAAUUUUUUAAGACUAUUUACCGAGGCUCAUCCUCGGUAUAAGAUCCUGUUACAUUCACGGAUGACGUAAAUCAAAGAAGUCAACACAACAGAACCGACAAAAACGAAAGGUGCCAGACAAAGACAAAGUUCACGGGUUCUUACUUUGCUGAUCUCAUUCACCGUAUUAAAGUUGAUUUCCACUGACGCGUUUUUGGCUGCGCACGUUAACGCAAGUAAACUUUAAUCACGUAAAUAAGAUAGAGGCAAGAUAUAAAGUGUUCAGAUUGAACAUGAAGUUGAGCGAGGUUCUACUUUUACGCUUACCUUCGACCUUUCAUACAUUGCCUCUAUUUUAUUUGUAAACGUAAAUUUUACGCACGUACGCACGUAAAAAUUACGUGACAGUGGCAAUCAGCCCUUACUCUGCUCUGAUUGCUUCCAAAUGCCGGCUCCGCGCGAAAAAAUGAAUCUUUAAUCCAGGCCUCUCUCCGACUGAUGAGCCUCUCCCUGGGGGACUCCCGUCAGGGCGACACUCCACACAUUCAAAAGAAAGAUUGUGAGUGCAAUAUACUAUGCUGCGUAAGGUGUGUAAAGAUGCUGUGGAUGCGGAAAUCUUUCAGUGUUUACCUUGCGGAAACGAAAAGGUCCACAAUUGACCCUCACAAACGGUACAGCUGUAGAACUGACCACUGAUCAUGCCCUUAUCCCUUUUUUUCUGCAGGGUGAGCUUAGCGAGGGAAUUAGUAUUUUAUACCACUACUUGAGCACGGAACCUAAAAAGCUCAUGUUGUUAGGACCUUUUGAUAAUAACUUGGCCAAGACUGUGGCAGCUUAUGCGGGUUUGCCAGAGAUUGGCAUUCUACAGGUGAAUUUUCUCAAUUUUUUAUAGCACAACUUAGUAUAUCUAUAUUAUUUUAUUAAAAUCCAACUAGUAGUCUAACUAGUAGUCGAUGCUGCGUUCUGAUUGGUUGAACUACUACUAGGCUACAUGUUAUAGCCUACUAGUAGCGAAAAGUGCCAGCUUUGAAAUCCGAAACAAUGGCGGCUGAAUCGCGUUUUGCUAGCUAAAGUUGUUUUGUCUCGAUAUUUUUGACCGACUGGUUGGAUUUUACUAAAACAAUUAUAACCUCUCGCCCUCAUGGCCUCUGACUCAAUAGCCCAUUCGGCCUUCGGCCUCAGGCUAUUGACUCAGAGCCUAUUCGGGCUCGAGUAAUAAUUGUUAAAUAGCUAACUUAACUAGAAAAAUAGUUUAGAAAGUUAAAGAGAAGAUGCACAGAAAUGUUGAAUGUUUGAUGUGAUCCAGGCUCAAUUUGAGACAAAAAUAAUGGUGGGUAUGACUUAAUUAAGGAUUCUGAAAUUCGUAGUUUCAUUUCCAAGGCUGUCACGGUAUUGAUACAUGGCAGCAAAACCUUUUAAGGCGGAAUCCAUUUGCAAAUUAAAUAACUUUAAUUUUCAGUGGACAAAAACUUUGUACCAGAAUAAUUUAAGCAUAUCGCAUUUUUUUUUUACCCCUUUCAAGCGUUAUAGAUAUAUAAUUAGUUUUCUGUAAUUACACCAAAGACAAUUUCUAAUGGGAGCUCGAAAAAAUAUAUUUCAAUUUUCAUAGGAUUUGUGAAAACACAGGUAAAAUUUCAUAAGUAAGAUUUCGUUAACUUGUGAAAUUUGAAAUUUAUUUUCUCGGGCCCCCAUAAGAAAUUUUCUUUGGUGUUAUUACAAACACCGACUAAAUACAUCUAUGGCAGAUGAAAAGUAUAAAAAAGAAUGCAAUAUGCUUUAAUAUUAUUGUCCACUGAAAAUUAAAAUUGCUCAAUUUCCUGAUGGAUUCCGUCUUUAUAUCGUCUUACUUUCCAACAACUGUUUGUUUACAUAGUUUUCUUACGGCGCCACCGACCUUGCGCUGACCACAGAGAAGACUCAAUACCCUCUGUUCUUCCGAACUGUUCCGACAGAAAUCGUGUUCAAUGAACCUUGUUUACAAUUUAUUCAACAUUUUGGAUGGAAGGAUGAGAUUGGUUUGAUUUACAACGCAUCCCCGUACUAUUCCCAGGUGAGAUCGAUAUUCUGUAUUCAAGAGUUUGCUGAAUUUGGUUAUUUCUGUUAUGAAUGGGUUUUAUAUUCUUUCUCUGUCUUUGUUUUUUUUUUAAAGAUCAGUAAGGAACUCGCCAAAAGCCUGCGAAACAACGGCACCAAAAUUGUCGCAAACGAAGGAUUUACACAGGAUCCAGCUGUAGCAGUCAAAAUUUUAAAAGUAAGGUUUUCCAUAGCCACCUUGGGCUCGUCACCCAAUCCUCCAACGCGUGACGAAGCCUUAAGAAAGUCUGUGUGGGUGGCUACGUUUUUCAUUCUUCUUCUUUUUUUUGGAUAAAAGAAGCUACUGAUCGUUGGAUAUCGUCUCUCUUUUUUAGGAGAAGGAAGCACACAUUAUAAUAGGCACAUUUCACCAUACAAGAGCAAAAGAAGUAUUUUGUCAGGUAAGCACAAAUCAUUUCUGAUCCACACAAAACGCGGAGGAAAUGCUCUAAAACGGCGCCGUCAUGUGCGAGAUUUCCUUAGUGAGGACAUAAGCUGAAAAACGAAAAGAAAGAACAGGACAAAUAAAAAGGAAUACAGUUACCGAACCGCAGGCGUUACGCGCCUCCCCUUUUCUUUCUCCUUCACUUAGCACAUCACAUUUCCCCCUCGGAUCAAACCGAGGAUUAAAACGGUUACAUCCUACGUUCAGACACCGAAAAUUAGGUUGAGAAAAAGAAAUCCUCUAAGAAUCUUCUAUAAUAUUUAUAAUGCAAGAAAAAUUUGUCAUAAAAAAAAAGUAAAAGAAGGAAAUGAAACAACACGUUUGUAACAAAUGGACUCUGUAUUACAUCAUGUUAUCGCCUUUUUAUGACUUUGAAAAGAUUGCGCUUUUGAAACAGAUUCAGAAAUAAAUACAUUUCUUUUUAGUUUAAAAUGUCAAUAAAUGAAAGGUGUGAUUUUUGUCAGGGUCCUAAUACGUUCCCAUUAAUUUCAGGCGUAUCUCAAUGGAAUGUAUGGCAAAGACUAUGUCUGGAUAGUGACUUCUACCCCGGAUGUCAACUCAACAUUUGAUUGGUGGGUUCCUGAACCGUCAAGCAACCUACCAUGUACACGAGAAGAGAUGGAAGAAGCUAUAGAUCAUCACUUUACUUUUUACUAUAAGAAUAAAAUCAAUGGAACUUUAGUCUCUGGAAAGGUACAACUGUGUUCCUCUUUUGUGGCACAAACGACGUUAUAAGCAAAGUUACGGUUCUGGACUUAUUUAAGCACUUCAGCUCUUUUCAUUUACAAGUCUUGCUUUUUUUGAUGAGAAGGCUGAGAGCAAAUUUGCUUUGUUUAAAAACUCUGAGGUGUUAAACGCUUUUCUAUCCAAUUAAAAUUAACGCUGCCAUAUUCUAUACUGAGCAUACUGAAUGGAAAAUGAAUGUUUCAAUUUUCUUUAACUGGUUCAAUCCCGUCUCCUUAAAGGCCUUUUUACUUUCUUCGUUCUUUCAGACCACAGAUCAGUUUUUCACCGAAUACAGCCAAAACAUACCAAGUUUCUUCCGUAGCACGUAUGCGCCAUUUGCGUACGAGGCUAUGUGGGCAAUUGCCGCAACGCUCGAGCGUGGUCGGCCUGUGCUCAAUGAUUGGAGGAUGAACUUACACGUCCUGGGGUAUGGACGGCGCAUGGUCAGCGAGCUCUUCAAGGAGGAGGCAUUUGAAGUGAAAUUUACAGGACCUUCAGUAAGUGGAACAUAGAAGAAAUCAAACAAUGGAGAGCUUAAGAUUCGCGAACGAGGACGACUACCAGGAUGACAUUUAAUUUUACGUUUUCUCGCCUAUUCUCUAAAACUAGACACCCCGGAAAGCACUAUUGUACUUUUUUUCACCACAAAAGUUAGUUCGGUUAUUUCCGUUGAAGGAGGUAAAGCCCUCUCCCGAUUGCUAAAUGAUAAAAUUCCUAACAUUUGAUAACUUGUUUUCGCCACUACGACAUUCUCGCUAAAACUCGUAGUAGAGUGAAGAUGACUAUCAGUUUUUCCCGCCAAAAUGAUGUUGGUUCGCCCGCGCACUACUGGGGAAAAUCUCGUACUCGUAGUCGUCCUCGUCGUAGAAUCUAAAGCUCUCUAAUCCUACUUGAAUCAGAUUACUCUAAAUCUGUACCUAAUACGUAACAAUUUUAGUUUCUUUUGUCACUGAUGGGACUAACGGUGUUGUUAUUACCUAAAAAUGUAAUUCAAAUCCUUCCGAGAGGAAGAGAGGUCUGGGGACUGUUCGACAAGUUUUUCCUUUCUUAUCAUGUACAGACAUAUAGGAACCGUGACGUCAUAGGUUUUAGGUUUUUCGAUUAAUAAGGUUUAUAACUAUAGUUUUGUUGUUUACUCCUUUGCUUUUCUGCGCAUAAUAGGGUCAGGUGGCUUUUGACGAAAAUGGGAACAGACAAUGUAAAGUUUUCAUACAGCAGUUUAGGAAAUCAGGUGAGUUUCAGUAAAGGAGGGCUGUUAGAAGACCAAUACAUAUAGCCUCUUAUUCAUCUUUUCCCCUUGUAUUUUGUACAUGCAGAAGAAGUGAAAUGGUCCGUUAAACCUUCUUUUAACCGUUCUUUAACUGUUUUUGUUUGUUUGUUUUGGCCAGUUGGUGCUCGAGAAGUUGGAGUAUUUGACUACAAUCCCCCCACCCUGACCUUGAAGGGAAGUUCUCAAGGAAGCGGGACCCCUGAGACACUGGAGUACGUGCAAUGGCCAGGUAUUCUACGUUGUGUUCUUUAAAAAUCCUUCAGUAUUAAACUAUGGCUUCCUUUUUCACCUAUCGCAAGGACCUUUAUUGUCUAUGUUUGCUAGUCGUGGAGAUCGUCAUAUGUGUGUCGCGUAUUCUGCACAAUAUAAAACCCAUUGCAACGAAACUUGUGGGCUUACAGUACGUUAGAAUUUAGGAUAAUCAGCGUCACAUGAUACAGGCAAUGCACACGGCUAAACAACGUCCUCCGCUGCUUAUUCCGAUCGAUUAACGCUGAGCCAAAUUCACAAAUAGACCUAGUUGGCUUUUUUAUGUUGCAAAAUAAAUGUUUCCCCACCUUAAGAUCAUACAAUACUGAAGGAACUUAUCUACAACGUCUAAUUUCGUUUUAUCGAAUAUUCCGAUAUCUGUAACUACUUUCCCAGGAACUUCGAUUAAAAAAGAAAUUCCCCUGAUCUCUUUCUUUAAACUGGUCAUUUUCAGGCAGGAAAGGAGGAUCAAUUGCCUGAGACAUCACGUGAUUUGUAAUCGGCAGUUAGCAUAUAGCGCAAGUAUGGUCUUCUAACCAGUGGCUCAUUUAAUAAAAAAUUCCUCGUUCGUUUUAAGCGUAAAACUCAAUAAAUAUGUUUUUUUCACAGCUGGCUUACCUUACCGGAGAAAAGCCUCAAGUGUUUCAUGGCUGUACAUUUUAUUUCCUCUUUUCAUCGCGUGGACACUGAUUUCUGGAUUCCUACUCGUCUGCUGCGUUCUUUGCUAUGCUUUACUGUUAGUCUUCAGACGUCACAGGUAUUAUGGUGAACGUUCCUAUUAAAGGUUUUAUCCAUAUAUCAUAAAUGGCUAAGAACACGUGCACGUACUUAUGCCUCAAUUACUUACAAACAUUGCAGGGUCAUCUACCAUUCUGGUUUUUAUCUCACCCAACUUCUUCUUGUGGGCUGUAUGCUCAGCCUUUUUUCUGUUGUUCUGUUUGGAAUUGAUGGAGCUCUUGUAUCCUUUGAGUCCCUGCAACUUGUUUGUAAGGUAAGUGUGACUUUGCAGGUUAGUCACGUUGUCACGUGAACACCGAUUUUGUUUCUAUAUUGCUUAGAGCUUCUUUAUCUUUUCUUCGCGUCCUCUCAGACCCUUGGAGCGGGACGAUUCCUGUGAACACUGUUGGGAGGGCAUAUUGUGUUUCGUCAACACGAAGUAGCAGUUUAAGACGCCAGCAUAAAUGCCAAAAGCAAAUAGGCUUUUUGGAGUUGUCCCAAGCCUUUGCUUCAAAGUGAGGUGCCAAGUAGGAGGUUAAUGAUAUGAAAAUGAUUUUUCAUUCCCAUGCAAAUAAGAUUCAUUUUCACAAGAAAGGCUUUAGACUUAGCCUCGUUUUGAAAGCGAGAGUUUUGUAACUCGGAAAUGGCCGAUUAAUCGCACAAUAGUCUUACUUGAAGUGUUUCGCUGGUCACCCCUGACCGGAAAUAAAGUUUCUUUUGGCAUGAGCUGCAUGAAAACCUCCACUAAGGCUGUCGAAUUCCCAGUAACCAACCAUAAACAACAUUUAAUAAUAAAAAAGACAAAAUGCCUGUGAUGUCAUAUCUCUUAUGGUUUUUGUUUUCGUUCCAGGCGCGCUCCUGGUUUCUUAGCCUGGGGUUCACACUAUGUUUAGGCAGCGUGCUUCCCAGGGUUCUUUACGCCUACAGAGUUGUGUCCUGGAGACCGGAAACAAUAAGGAAGGUGUGUGUGCCGGUAUUGACUAUUUCGUGGUUGCAUUUGGGACUGGGUCGGUUUAGUAUCGAAUAGCAUUAUGGGAAUGUUUCGAUUACGAGGUUGCGCAGGAAACUGGGUAACAACUCGUCCCCCCCCAAACAAUCCCAUAAUGCAGUUCGACACCACACCCACCCAGUAGUUUCGUUUUGAACUUCAAAAAUCAAGAGUUGCUUUUGUUCUCAUCUCCUUCCUUCCUUCUUUUAUUUUCAUUGUCUUACCUCAUUAUCUUGGCUUCUGUUCUCUUUUACUUUCUUUUAUCCGGCGUAUGUUUUGCGUUUUCACUGAAUCUUUUUCUCUCCACUUAGGUUCCAUGGGCGUGGAUGUAUAUGAUUGCCUUUUUUAUAUUUAUUGGUGACGUUAUUUUGUUAAUUACCUGGCAAAUUGUCUUUAAACCAAGAGCUGUAAAGGUACUACGAGAGGUACGUUUGGCUGGGAAUUUAGAGAAGUUGUUUUAGUACUUAUUUUGGAUCAUAUAAUCUUUCAGAGCACUCUUAAGUUGACAUUUCAAUACCUAAUUAAAACAUUAUUGCACAGUGGCGCCCCAAUAUAUUAGCGAAGUACCAGGUUGCUGAAAAAAUGGGUCCUGUUUAAAGGAAGUAUGUCAUAAUAUUAUACGCUAUCUUGCAGUUUUCACCGCAUGUUAAACAACGGUAAAAAUACUAAAACGCCUAUCCCAUCUAUUAAAUUUCUCACCCCUUUAAUAUAUUAAACGUUUUUACACUUGUAUGUAAUUAACAGUUUCAUGUUUUCCUCCGCAAGUAAAAUAGUAUUUUUUUGAAAAAAAUAGGUCGCCAAGCCACGCCCUUACCAAGAGAAGCCACAGCUUAUUGAGCAGUGCGUUUCCAACAACGAAGAAGCUGCUCUAGCUCUUCUCCUCGUGCCAAAAGGAAUACUUCUAAUAAUGGGAGCCAUAGCAGCCUGGCCUGCUCGCCGCUUAUGCUUACCGUUGUGUAACAACACACGAAAUUGCGCCCUCUGUUUGGGGAUAGCCACAGUGAUGUGCAUAAUUGAGGCACCUAUUAUAAUGACAGUACGUCAAUACCCCAAUCCCUUUUACGCUGUGACGGGAUUGUUAAUCAUGGUGCUGUCAGCGGCGUUGCUGGUUAUAGGAGUUCUUCCUCAGGUAAGGCCAGGAGGCUUGAUUUUUUUAUUUCGCCUCUUACAUUUAUAUGAUCAAGUUCAAUAAGGCAAAAAGCCCUAUUGUACAAUUAUGAGCAAUACAAAAUAACAACAAUUUUAAAAAAUGAACCGCUCUGCACCUCGUAUUUCAAUUGACGCACCUCGUCGAAAAUAAGGAACCGCUCAAUAGCUGCUAUCAUUUGAAUGGUCAACCAUUAGACUGCCUGCAGUCCGCCUUUUCUCUUAAAAACCGUCUAGUUCUUGAUCUCAUCUAGCGCGAUUGCAAACCACGAUGUUCUUACAUAGACGAGACUUUGCAAAGAAAAAUAAGAGACUGCUCGCAGUCUAGUCAUCCAUAUGAUCCAGAAACCAAGAGAAAUGAGAGAGAAACGCUUAAUCUGAGAGGUAGUGCCUUAACUAUUUGUAAGAAAAAAUUGGUCGGAAUGAAACCCUUCAAUGAUCAAUUCAGUCCGACUGGACGUGGGACUCGACUCGACGAACUAUUUGGGUUUUCAACUGGAAAUGUCGUUGCAAAGGAGCGUCCAAAUGAACUGCAAGAGGCGUUAAGUGAACAUGGAAUGCCGAAAUAACGGUGUAGAGAUUUGAAAGUCAAUUCAGCCUUUUAGAAUACAAAAAAAUAGUUGCGCCUCAUAUUUCAAUCUAUCACAUUCAGAAUAAGUAUCCAAAAGGACCUUGUGCAUGACAUAAGUUAUCUUCAUUCUUGAGAUAACUGCCAGUAACACGCCAUAUGCUGCUGAAGAAGAAAUGCAAAACUGUUCCACGCACGGUGCCGAAUCACUCGCAAAAUUGCAUGCCUACGGAUAUAUGAUUCUUCGUGCAACAAAUCAAUGAUCCAACAUCGCGUGCUAUGUGUGUCCAGGCCUGACAUUCCUUUUCUUUCUUGACAGCUGAAACGCGCACAUAGAUGUAAGAAGAAGGCUCUAAUGGCAUCACAGGAAUGUAACGACAUCGAAAUGACACAAGACGGCAACGGUGGACGGUGCGACUGUAACGCGUGCAAUGACCACAAGACGUUCCGCCCCCAUCUGGCAGCGUGUACAGGUCCUUAUUCGUGCGCUCCCGUUUCUCAAGAGUGGGACUACAUGGUCAGCAAAGUACCGAACAGAACUAAAGAAGGCGAACCACGUAUUGUUACCGAGGUAAUGUUAACUAUAGCAGUGGUGUGAAUGUGAAGUGAAGUGGACAGAAAAACUUUUGCCUUCCACAGACCACGUCCCGAACAAGUUUCGCUCUCUAUCAAAUGUUAUGAAGUGACUGUAUUUUAAACAUAAUUUUAGUCAAGCUAUUUUCAUCAAUUAGGUCAUUUUCGUCACAGCGCUUCCAUCAACAUCGUAGCCCAACCAAUAAACAUUUCAAGCAAAUACAGAAAGACAGAACACAUUAGCUCUAUUUACACUAAAAAAAAUUAGACGCGAAUUAGAAAGUCUCGUGUUAAUUCAAAUACGUCUUAUGCAAAACGCGUCUUAUUUUUUCCCUGUGUAAAUGACCGAAGCAUUCGUGAAAUAAUGCCUAAUAAUGCGUGGAUUUUGAUUAUAUUUUCCCCAAAGCAAACCAUGCCCAGUAUUGAGCAUGGAAACCAGAAGGUUACGGUUGCGCAGUUCAUGUACCCCCCCUCCUGGGAAGGCUGAUUGGGAACUAACUUUGAAUACCAUGACCUUCGUCUUUAAUGAAGUACUUUUUAACACAGACAGUAUACGUGGAUGCACCUACGGUUUCCACAGCAGUGGCCGAAACUCAAACACUCAAGGUCAUUUACAGCACGGCUGAGAUACAGACACUGGUUGUACGGACACAGAGUGCCAGCAUACUCACAGAACCCGAACCGGAAAUAGAGCAAGCGGAUGUCAUGUUGCAAACGGAAGCGGAAGAACCGACGCCGGUUGUAGAUGCAAAUACCCAGACCAUAAAUGUAACAAUAACCGAGAAAGAUGUGCAGACAGAAAAAACGGCGACGAUUAGCACUCAUGUUCAAACAGAGGGGACGAAAAAUAGUCAUGCGCAAGUCCAGACGGACGAGGUAAGUGAAGUUUGAUUGAAUUCCAAACGGACAACGUAAGAAAAGUUUGAUCGAACUCAUCUCCAUCGUUAGUAUACCAGUGUAUUAGUGGAUCCUGACUUUCUUGGUCCAAAGCGUUUGUCAUUAGCCAGUCGGAACCUUAAUAAUCAUCCUAUAUUCUUAGAGCGCAAACGUUAAAAUGUACCCUCGCUCGGCUAAAAUGAUCGUGGUCGAGGCCCCAAUUGUUUGAAAGGUGGAUAAUGCUAUCCUCUGGAAAAAUAUCUGUCCAGUGGUUAACGCAAUUGGUUUCCCAUAUACAGUAAAACCUCGAUAUAACGAAGGGCCAAGGGACUGGCAACAUUUGUUCGCAAUAACUGGGUUCUUUUUCAUGUAUUUCACCAUUACAGGGGGUAAAAAAGAUCGUUGGUUUUACUGAGGACUUUUCAUAUAGAGGUUCGUUAUACAUCGAGGUUCCACUGAACCUAUCGACUGGAUAGUGAUUUAUCCGUUGGAUAGCGCUAUCCAACGUUUGAAGAACAGGAGCCAGGACUUUGAAGUCACAAAUCCUUCAUAUGUCACGAGUGUCAUAACCGACAAAUUAAUGCCAGCGAUAUUUGACGUCACCCAAGGGGAAAUCCGUGUCCAAUCUCCAGGGGCACCCAACGACCGAAUGUUUCCAAAUACGCCAGAAGUGUCUCAAAUGGUUUUCUCUGUAUUUUCGUCUCAUCCGAAAGUGUUAGCUACCCUUAUGGGUCCGGUCGAAACUACAAAGACAUGAAUUAGCCCUGCUUUCAUUGGGAAAUUUUAUUGGACGUUUUGUCUCUACACUGAAAGUUUUACGAGACCUUUUUUCAACAACAAUCGUAAUAUCUUGUUAUUAAAAUGUGACUGACACAACCUCCGAAAAUCGAAGUUAAGGUAUUAGAAAAUGUCCGAAUAUUUUAGACGAUUGGAACGGUUAUCCAGAAAGUUUUAGCUUUUCACAAGCUUUAGAAAUUUGUACGCAAUAUUUGCUCCUUCGAUCAGUUAUUUUACAGAAUAAAGUCGCUGGGUGCCCCUGAAUCUCUCUGAUACUAUUUUGAAGAAUUUCGGUCACUUUAGAAUAGAAAAAAAAUCACAGAAGAAUCUUCUACUGCUACAAUAUUGCUCACCCAGUAAACUCAGCUGCACACGUGAUCCAACUUUAUGUUGAUGUUUUUGCUCCAAUUUCAUGUAUUCACAGCCGCCACCUCCCCCGGACAUUUUGAGUGAAGAAUCAGAUACGGCCAGUGUAGCGAGCAGUAUAACUACAAGCCCGAAGCCAGAAAGAAAAGCAAGAAAAAAGAAAGUCUUCAAUGUUCAACCGAAAAUUGACACGAACUUAUCUCCAAGACGUAAAGAAUUAGUGGCUAAGUCGUCCCCUAUAACCAAACCUACUUUGAGAGUACCCACGACACUUCAUAACUCAAGAAGUAGAGAGAAUUUGUCUUUGUCUCCGAGAUCACGUGAGCCGUCACCUGCCCGUGGUGGCAACAGAUGAAAGCUGUUGUCUGAAAUUGAACGCCUCAAAAGAAGUCCGUCCGUCAGAUAGUAAUGUUAGAAAAUCUCACGGGCUUUAGCUAGAACAAGUAGUUUUUCCGUUCGUAUAAAAGUAGUUUCUUGUGGCCACGUACUUGGUGUUUCACCUUUGAAGACCUGCAUUUAUACAAAAACUAAAACCACUUUUGCUAAAACAACAACACCGAUACCUUCGGGUAUUUACACUGCUUUUCCUGGAUACCGUAUUUAUUCGAAUAAGCGCCCAACCUCGGAUUAGCGCCCACCUCGAAUAAGCGCCCAUCCUAAAGGUAGAAAAAGUUAAUAAGCGCCCAACCUCGAAUAAGCGCCCAACCCCUCCUCCUCCCAAUCAAACUCAAAUAAGCGCUUACCCCCACCCCACCCACUUGAGUGAAUAAAUUCUAACAAGAGACUUUCCCGAGGACGGAGUUUUCUUCAGAGCAUUAUACAGAAACCUUGCUGGGUUACUUCUUCGCGUUUUGUUAUUAGCAUUUAUUGUUUUGUUGCAAAAUAAACAUACUUCACUUGCUAAAAAUGGUGAAAAUUUAAUAAGCGCCGAGCCUCGAAUAAUAAUAAGCGCCCAGGGCGGUUAAUCGAAUAAAUACGGUAUCUGUAAGGAAAGAAAGUAUCAGCAAAUAAAUUCAAGAUCGUGGACAGGAGUUUUAUUUAAGUCGAUAAAGCGUUGCUUUCCGUCAUAUUUUGUCCACAAUUCGCCUUGUUUCCCAAUCUCUAAAAUUAAAGCGAUGUAAGAGUCGAAGAUAGCGUUUACAUUAACGUAAAAAAUAAUAAGCUCUUUAUUUAUUUUUAGGAUAUAUUUGCCUUAUUCGCAUUUCACAUAGUCGGGAGUGGCAUCCCUAGGAAUCCACGUGCCGUCUCCCUUUUCAAUAUUACAUUAAUUUUUGAGCCUGAAAGAAGAUAGGGAUAUAUAGAACAGUGCAAGCAAGUUAUGUCAAUUAAAGGUCUUAAUACAAUCGAUGUUGCCAGCUUGUUAAAACCUGAGCAGAAGAUUCUGAAAUCUCCCAUUUUAGGAAAGUAGUCAGCGCCCCUUUUGACAACUGAUGUGCGUUCUUCCAACAUGAAAAGGGAAGACAACACCCAUCUUUAAAAAGUAACUACUCCCCUACCAAACUGUUUUGACAAGUUUUUUCAGCACAAGUCAGUUGAUUGAUAGCCCGUGUCAGUGAACAGGCUCUCUGUUUGUGAAAGGGUGAAAAAAUCGCGGGGAGAGGGAAGGGAAAGGGUGAGAGUCUAUUCACAGGCUAGUUGAUUGACAGAAAACUACAAUGGCAAAAAAACUCUCCAAAUAACUUAUGCUUUAUAUUGGAUGAGCUCUACAACUAACAGUACAUCUUAGCAGUAUUUUCCCCUACCUUUGAGUUGUACUUCCACAAAAUAAUGACAGUGCCUUAGGAACAUUUUGUUGGCCAGAAAAGAUUCAUCAUUACAUGUCUCCCCAUGCUUUGGAAAUAUUUUUGACCUAAGAGUAGAGUACCAACAUUAACCACGUUAUGACUGGUCCCAUGGGAAAGAGUUAAUUUUGUUUCCCCAGAAUCUCAAUGUUGCCGAAGGAAAAAUUGAGGGAAACAAAAUUAACUGUUGCCCAGCAGUCUUUAAGUGAUUUGGUAUACAGCUGGAAGUUCACUAAACCUAGCUGUGAUGGCAGUUAUUGGUCAACAUUUGCAGGUAACAGUGUACUGUUACCCUCUGACUUCAUAGAUUUUGCAAUGUUGCCCACUCCGAGAUUUUGG